AUGAGUGGGGGCGGAAGCGGCAGCAGGUCGCGGCGAGGUUACGCGUACCAGGAGGACGAGUCGAGCGGGUCGGAGUCAGAAAGCAACGAGGACACGGAAGACGAGGCUUCGAUUGCGGAGAGAGAAAAAGAGGAGGCCAUCGUGCAGCAUGCACUGAGCCGGAUACGGAAGGCUCAGGCCAAGGGCAAGCAACAAGUCAAGCUCAACAAGGAGGAACUUGCCGCACUGGAGAAGAGGAAGCAGCGGUUGGCGGCCGAGGCGUCGAGGAAGAGUAGUGGUGCGAGUGGCAGUGGCAGCGACAAAAAGCGGCGCAAGGAGAAGGAGAACCGGGUUUCGAUACCACUCUCCCACUUCGAUGCGUUGCCACCUCCUUCACGACGAGGCAAGGCAGUGGGAGGUCCAGAUGAUGCGCUGCCGAUGCAUCCGACACCAUCGACGCUUUCGGCCAUCAACCAGGCACGAGGGCCGCCCUCUGGUGUUUUCGCGCCACCUACGACUUCGUCCCGCUCGCGCCCUCAUUCGGGCACAGGAAGCUCACACCGGCCUCGUUCCCAAGCCGACGGACGUUCGUCGCCCUUCGAAUACCAAUAUGUCAACCCUCCGUCCAAUUUGAGGCAUGCUUCAGACCCUACUGCGCGACCUCCAUCCCGAACCUCUUAUCAGUACGAGGACGAUCAUCGGAGGCGAUCCGGGUCAUCACAAUCGUCCUCACACCCGCAUGAUCCCUUCCAGUACCAGACGGCUGGGCCACGCUCGUCGCUUCGGUCCAGCACUCCUGUUUCUCGAGAUGACGCUAUGGACAUGGGUUUGGCCUAUGGCAACCUGCCUCAAGGCAAUCCGAGACGGAGCGCCAGGCUGAUUGGUCGGUACAGCAGCGAGGACGAGGAGACCACUAGCGACGAAGUGGGUAGUGGUGCUCGGAUUGUUCGCGACGGUGGCCGCGAGGACAUUGUCGUACUGGAACAGCGCCCGUCGACCUCUCCCGAGCCUGAGCGUGCACCAAAAUCCAAGAAGUCAUCGUCGCCAUCCAAGCGGAAGCCUGUCGGCAGCAGCAGUGGUGGGAAAAAGGGUCGAAAGGGAAAAUAG